GUGCGUUUUUGGCAUUUUGCAACUUUGGGAACGGCUUCGCAUUUUCCUUAAUUUACGCAUAAAUAUAAGAUGAGUGCUGCUCUUUUUGCAUGUUCACGUUGUUUUUCUCGUCAUCCGUUCGAAGAACUGUCUUCCGGCCAGCAACUUUGCAAAGAAUGUCGCGGAGCGUUCCCUGUAGUAAAGUGCACGUAUUGUCGUUCGGAAUUUCAACAAACAUCGAAGGGGAGCACAAGUACAAUUUGUAAAAAGUGCGAGCAAAACGUGAAAGCGUACGGAAAACCGACCGCAUGUGAGUACUGCAAUAUUAUCGCUGCGUUUAUAGGUAACAAGUGUCAGCGUUGUACGAAUUCAGAGAUCAAAUAUGGACCACCUGUUAAUUGCGAGCAAUGCAAGCAGAAAUGUGCCUUUGAUAGGCAUGAUGAUGAUAAGAAGGUGGACGGCAAACUUUUAUGUUGGCUAUGCACACUUUCGUAUAAGAGGGCCUUGGCCAAAACAAAACAGGGCGACGCCGACCGCAGGGCCCACAUGAAAAUGUCGUCGUUGCACAAAAAACACAAGGAACCAAAAAUGCGAAGCCACAACAAGCGGCCGAACCGACCGGACGUGACAAAGAUGCCGCCGCCCGAGGACGGGCCUGCCAACAAGGUGGCUAGGAACAACGCCGCCCCCGGCAUGAUGCGCGUCGACCUCGAUCCGAACAGUUCCGACCACGUGGUCGCGAUGACGCAGCUCAAGGAGCAGAUCGCCAGCCUGCAGAAGCAGCUGUCGCAGAAGAACUCGAUGCUGCUCGUCAAGGACAAAGCGAUCACCGAACUGAAAGCCAACAACUUUACGACCGAAAACGAGCUGAGAAACAAGAUCAAGUCGUGCCACAAAGAGCACGAGGACAAGGUGGACAUGCUCAACAAGCGCAUCCAGGGCCUGCUGAAGGAGGUGGCGAGCCUGUCCAAGUCGGCCAAGAAAAACAAUCGCGUGCAGGCGACGCAAGCGGCGGAAAACUCGAACAACAGCAGCGGCACCGACAGUCCGAGUAUUCCUUAAGAGAAUCGAUACGGCCGCCCCGAGGCGGUCCAGUUUUCGGUCUUAAUUGACUAGAGCUGUGAUUGAACUGGUUCUAGACAAGUGAGGGAAUGGUGGUGAGAAAUGAAACUAAAAGCAGCAAAGGAUAAUCACCUUUUUGACUAGCAAAGAU